CGUACUUGUCAAAUGGCUCGAUCUGCACUGGAUGAAAUGUCAGAUUCCGGGGCUUUUACCAGAACUGCCUCAACAUUUCGUAACUUCAUUCGAGAUCCGAAUUCUCAGUUUCCACCUGAGUCGGGAAGGUAUCAUUUGUAUAUAUCAUAUGCUUGCCCUUGGGCUUCUAGGUGCCUAGCUUACUUGAAGAUCAAAGGACUUGAGGAAGCCAUUGGUUUCACGUCUGUCAAACCCAUAUGGGAAAGGACGAAGGAAACAGAUGAUCAUAUGGGAUGGGUUUUUCCAGCCUCUAAUACAGAGGAACCAGGUGCUUCACCUGACCCCUUUAACGGAGUGAAGAGUAUAAGGGGACUAUACGAGCUUGCAAGUACCAACUAUACCGGGAAAUUCACAGUUCCAGUCCUGUGGGACAAGAAAUUCAAGACUAUUGUUAGUAACGAGAGUGCAGAGAUAAUCCGCAUGCUAAAUACUGAAUUCAACGAUAUAGCAAAGAAUCCUGCUAUGGACCUACAUCCUCCUCAUUUGAGAGCUCAAAUUGACGAGGCAAACGAAUGGGUAUACAAAGGAAUCAAUAACGGUGUUUACAAAUGUGGGUUUGCAAGAAAGCAAGAGCCUUACGAUGAGGCUGUAAAACAACUAUAUGAAGCGUUGGACAAAUGUGAGGAGAUUCUUUCCAAGCAACGCUACAUUUGUGGAAACAUUCUAACCGAGGCAGAUAUUCGACUGUUUGUGACCCUCAUAAGAUUUGAUGAGGUCUACGCCGUUCAUUUCAAGUGCAACCAAAAGCUUCUACGAGAGUACCCCUAUUUGUUCAACUAUACCAAGGACGUUUACCAAAUCCCAGGAAUGAGCAGUACAGUGAAUAUGCAACACAUCAAGCGCCAUUACUAUGGAAGCCAUCCUACUAUAAAUCCAUUUGGGAUAAUCCCUCUUGGACCGGAUAUCGACUAUUCUUCUUCGCAUGACCGAGCACGGUUUUCUGCAUAGCAAGUAUGUAUCCUAUACCAUAAGCUCUUGUUUAUUUUAUUCGAUCAUGCUCAUUGUUGCAAUCCACUAAUUCUUCCCUUACAUCUGCAGAGGAAGUUGUGUCCCUUUCCUUUGUUGCAGGAUCUUUUUU